AUGGCAACUUUAGAACAACAAGCUUCCAAACUUUUGGAUUUUAACCAAAAACUUGACAUUAAUCUUCUUGAUAACAUUGUUGGAUGUUUGUAUUCCACUGUUGGAGAGCAACAACGUACUGCUCAAGAGAUAUUGACAGCACUCAAGGAACACCCAGAUGCUUGGACUCGUGUUGAUACAAUAUUGGAGUAUUCGCAAAAUCAAGAAACAAAAUACUAUGCCUUACAAAUAUUAGAACAAGUAAUACAAACUAGAUGGAAAAUAUUACCCAGAAAUCAAUGUGAAGGGAUAAAGAAAUACAUUGUUGGACUCAUUAUUAAGAAUUCUUCAGAUCCAACAGUAAUGGAGAAUAAUAAAGUAUAUUUAAAAAAACUAAACAUGAUUUUGAUUCAAGUGUUAAAAAGAGAAUGGCCUCACAAUUGGGAAACUUUUAUAAGUGACAUUGUGGGUGCUUCCAAGACAAAUGAGAGCCUAUGUCAAAAUAACAUGGUCAUUUUAAAGUUGCUGAGUGAAGAAGUGUUUGUAUUCAGUACAGGGCAGCUUACACAGACUAAAGCAAAACACUUAAAAGAUACAAUGUGCUCUGAGUUCAGUCAAAUAUUUCAACUUUGUCAAUUUGUACUUGAAAAUUCACAAAAUGCUCCACUGGUUGAUGCUACACUUCAUACUCUUUUAAGAUUUCUAAAUUGGAUUCCACUUGGCUAUAUAUUUGAAAUGAAAUUGAUAAGUACGCUUAUCUAUAAGUUUUUAAAUGUUCCCAUGUUUCGCAAUAUUACCUUAAGCUGCCUCACGGAGAUUGCUGGUGUAACAGUAAGUAACUAUGAGGAUGACUUUGUAUUUCUGCUACUGAGUACUAUGGAUCAGCUUGAAGCUAUGUUGCCACUCACUACCAACAUUCGUGAAGCAUAUGCCGCUGGUCGUGAUCAGGAGCAAGUUUUCAUUCAGAAUCUUGCUUUGUUUCUCUGUACUUAUUUGAAAGAGCAUGGAACACUUAUUGAAAGGAAAGGACUUACAAUAGCACUAAUGAAGGCCUUCCAAUAUCUUGUAUUGAUAUCUGAAGUGGAAGAAGUUGAAAUUUUCAAGAUUUGCUUAGAGUUCUGGAACUCUAUAACUGCUGAUUUAUACAAGAUGCAACCUUGUCCCUCUACCUUAUGUGCACAUGGUAAAAGCAUGGGCAGGAAAGCUUUGUAUGCUGAUGUACUGAGUAGUGUUCGCUACAUUAUGAUCUCUAGAAUGGCCAAACCUGAAGAAGUAUUAGUUGUUGAAAAUGAAAAUGGUGAAGUUGUGCGCGAGUUUAUGAAGGAUACUGAUUCUAUUAAUUUGUAUAAGAAUAUGAGAGAAACUUUAGUUUAUUUAACACAUUUGGAUUGUCAAGAUACUGAACGUAUUAUGACAGAAAAGCUCCAAAAUCAAGUUAACGGUACAGAAUGGUCUUGGAAGAACUUGAACACACUGUGUUGGGCAAUUGGUUCAAUUUCUGGAGCUUUAUAUGAAGAUGAUGAAAAAAGAUUCCUUGUUGUUGUUAUCAAAGAACUUUUGGGUCUGUGUGAGCAAAAGAAAGGUAAAGAUAAUAAGGCUAUUAUUGCUAGUAACAUUAUGUAUGUGGUGGGACAGUAUCCUAGAUUCCUAAAAGCUCAUUGGAAAUUUUUGAAAACUGUUGUGAAUAAACUUUUUGAAUUCAUGCAUGAAACCCACGAUGGCGUUCAAGACAUGGCUUGUGACACUUUCAUAAAAAUUGCCAUCAAGUGUAGGCGACACUUUGUAACUACUCAAGCUGGAGAAGCUUGUCCUUUUAUUGAAGAAAUUUUAAGCACAAUCAGUUCUAUUAUCUGUGAUUUACAAACACUCCAAGUGCACACAUUCUAUGAAGCAGUGGGAUACAUGAUCAGUGCACAAGUAGAUCAAGUUGCCCAAGAACAGCUCAUUGAGAAAUAUAUGUUGCUGCCCAAUCAAGUUUGGGAUGAUAUCAUAUCUCAAGCUUCGCACAAUGUAGAUAUUCUCAAGGACCCAGAAGCAGUUAAACAGCUUGUCAGUAUUCUCAAAACAAAUGUCCGAGCCUGUCGUGCUCUAGGCCAUCCAUAUGUUGUACAGCUGGGCAGAAUAUAUUUGGAUAUGCUCAAUGUUUAUAAAGUAAUGUCAGAAAACAUAAGUCAGGCUAUUGCACUGAAUGGAGUGGUGGUGACCAAGCAGCCACUCAUUAAAAACAUGCGCAUAAUUAAGAAAGAGACAUUGAAGUUGAUUGGAAAUUGGGUGUCACACUCCACAGAUAGUAGCAUGGUUUUGGAAAACUUUAUUCCACCACUUUUAGAUGCUGUGCUUUUGGAUUAUCAAAGAACUGCAGUACCAGAUGCUCGAGAACCUGAAGUGUUGUCUUGCAUGUCUGCAAUUGUUCACAAACUUAGUGGGCAUAUUACUUCAGAGGUACCCAAAAUAUUUGAUGCUGUUUUUGAAUGUACCCUGGAGAUGAUUAACAAAGACUUUGAAGAAUAUCCUGAGCACAGGACAGAAUUUUUCCUGUUAUUAGAAGCAGUAAACACACAUUGUUUUAAGGCAUUCCUUAGUAUACCUCCGGCACAGUUCAAAUUGGUUUUGGAUUCCAUAAUUUGGGCAUUUAAGCAUACAAUGAGAAAUGUAGCUGAUACAGGUCUGCAAAUAUUAUACAAAUUGCUCCACAAUGUUGAUCAACAUCCACAAGCAGCACAGAGUUUUUAUCAGACAUACCUGUGUGAUAUCCUUGAGCAUGUGUUCAGCGUAGUGACAGACACAUCCCAUGGUGCGGGGCUCACAAUGCAUGCUACUAUACUAGCAUAUAUAUUUUCCUUGGUGGAGGCAGGCAGAGUUACAGUGCAUCUUGGGUCUACUCCUGAUAAUAUCCUAUAUAUACAGGAAUAUGUGGCAAAUCUUCUUAAACGAGCUUUUGCACACUUAACGGACAACCAAAUCAAAAUUACUGUUCAAGGGCUAUUUAACUUGAAUCAUGACAUCCCUGCUUUUAAGGAUCAUCUAAGAGACUUCUUAGUUCAAAUUAGGGAGUACACUGGUGAGGAUGACAGUGACUUAUAUUUGGAGGAGCGUUUGUUUGCACUUCGUCAAGCACAGGAGGACAAGCGGAGAGUUCAGUUGUCGGUGCCAGGCAUUCUCAAUCCUCAUGAAUUGCCAGAAGAGAUGCAAGAUUAA